AUGCGUUUUGGGUCGAGGAAAGAGGAGGGGCAUAUUCAGACCUACUACGAGACGUCACCAGUUUCCCGCAAACGUUACAACAUUAAUGGCGUCCCCGUUGUGCUGGACUGUGGUACAGGCACGUGCAAAGUGGGCUUUGCCGGAGAGGACUUCCCCAGGGAUGUGUUUCCUACCUGCGUUGCAGAACUGCAGCAAUCGGGGAAAUUCUGCCUGAAAGACAGAGACUCUCCAAUUUUUGGCGCCAGCACCGAUGAUGUAAUCCAAAGUAACCCGAUUCAACGGGGCGUUGUAACAAAUUGGGAUGCAAUGGAAGACGUUUGGCAGCAGUGCUAUGAUCGGUUAGGAGUUGCUUCAGAUACGCAACCUGCCUUGCUCAGUGAGACCCCAUUCACUCCUCAGGAGAAUCGGGAAAAACUUGCUGAGGUUCUGUUUGAAACAUUUGACAUUCCAGCUCUUUACCUGAUUUUGCAGCCUGUCUUGUCCCUCUAUGGAUCAGGACAUUGGUCAGGCGUCGUACUUGAUGCAGGAGAAGGUACAACUCAUGUGGUACCUGUUUUUGAUGGUUAUCCAUGUAAUGAAGCUAUUGUUCGCUUUCCAGUGGCUGGCUGUGAUCUCACUGAACAGUUGGGACGAUCCUUACAGGGAGAGGCUGUUCCUCGCUUGCGACAGUCAGUCGACACUUUUCGCUCAAUGGUACGUGACAUAAAAGAAAAGUACUGUAUGGUUAUGAAAUACAGUGAAGCUCGAAAAAGCACGAUGCCCUUGCAGGAGGACGAGAUGUACCAGUUACCCGGUUUGGAUACCCGAUUGGCUGUCAGCAUGGAAAGAAUCCGAGUACCUGAGCUCCUUUUUCAACCAGAACUUUGUGGUUUUACGUGUCUUAGUCUACAGCAGACUAUUGCUAAAUCGAUUCUCCGGUGCCAUGUUUCUCUACAAGAGACAAUGUCAUCCAAUGUGGUGUUGGCAGGAGGGACAACUUUGCUCCCAGGUCUGUCAUCUCGGCUUCAUGCGGAACUUUCCGUUUUGUCUUUAUCAAAUGUGAAUAUCACGGCACCCCCUGUGCGUAAAUAUUCAGCCUGGAUGGGGGGCGCCAUUGUAGCAUCAAUGGAAACAUUUCGGCCAAUGUGGCUGCGAAAGGAGGAAUAUAAUGACGCAGGGGCUGCCACAGCCCUCAGGAAAUGCUUCUACCAUUUCCCUUUCUUUUCUUCCUUCUUUUCUUUCUUUUUUUCUCUUCUUUUUUAUCCCAUAUGUCUUCUUUCUAUUGACCAUUCUCCAUCAUUAAUUAUCUUUCUUUCUUUCCUUCUUUUUUCUUGCCUUUCAGUAGACUUCAUCUUUCUCUACUUUACUUUUUUCUUUCUUUCCUCUUUUCCUCUUUUUUUCUUUUACUCUUUCCUUCUUUCUCUUUCCUUUUCUUUUUCUUUCUUUGUGCUUUCCUUUUUUCACUUUCUUUCUUUUUCUCUUUCCUUCUCUUUCUCUUCCCUCCUUUACUCUUCCCUCUUUUACUCUUCCCUCCUUUACUCUUCCCUCCUUUACUCUUUCCUUCUUCUUUUUCUCAUUUUUUUUCUCUUCCUUCCUCCACCCAACAACCUCACACUUAGUUUUACCCUCCCCACUCCAAUCAAUUGUCACUUUCAAAUAUCUAUGGAUUGA